UGUCGAGACAGAGCAGAAACGCGGGGAACAUGCGCCCAUCACCCAGCUCCCUAUUAAGCUCACCAGCCACAAGUUCACACCAUCCAUUUUCAUCAUUAAACUCUUUCAACAAGGUCAAUAAACCUGACACGACAUGAAAGAACUUGAUCCUUCGCUGUAUACUAUAGCAUGGAUUGCGCCUUUAGAAAUCGAAGCUCAAGCAGCACUCCAUAUGCUUGAUAGUCGCCACGAUGGAAGGUUCCCCAUCAGUCGAGGCGAUGACUAUAUCUUCCUUGCGGGUGAUAUGAACGGUCAUAACAUAGUCAUCGCAACCUUGCCAGCCGGGCAAGAAUACGGAACCGGUUCAGCCGCUGCCCUCGCUAGCCAAAUCAAAAAGUUCUUCACCAACCUCUGGUUCGGCCUCCUUGUCGGAGUCGCGGCAGGUCUUCCGAAUCUACGUAAGAUACCGCCAAUCGAUAUACGGCUUGGCGAUGUGCUUGUUGGGCUAUCCGACGGAGAUAGUGCCGGCUUAGUCGCGUAUGACUUGGGGAAAGAGACAUCCGAGGGAUUUCAGCUUCUGAGAUUUGGCCAGGUCUUGGCAAAUACAGAGACAGUCGUCAGAUCAGCUAUUGGCAACAUCAAGAUCAGGGCACCGGAUGACACUGAUGUCUUCCUCCCCUUUUAUAAGAGCAUCAAAGACAAAGAACACUCAAAAGGGACAUUCGCGGAUCCUGGCCUGGAAAAGGAUAUCUUCUACGACAUCGGUGAUGACGGUGUUGAUAGCCACGUCCAGAGGAUGCAGCGGCCUACCGACAGGCGAACUCGCGUAUGGUAUGGUUCUAUCGGAUCUGGAGACAAGUUAACGAAAAACACCCUUAAGCGCAAUGAGAUAAGAGAUCGCUAUGGAGUAAUCGGCCUAGAGAUGGAAGCUGCAGGGACGAUGAAUCGCAUACCUGUUGGUGUGAUCAGAGGAGUUUGUGACUAUGCCGACCAGCACAAGAAUAAGGAGUGGCAGCCCUAUGCCGCUGCCAUGGCCGCAGCGUACGCAAAAGCUGUGAUUUAUGAGCUAGGCCCGGGAAAGGCGAUGCCAAGCUCCAGCAUGACAGAUAAGGCCAAACAUGCCCUUUGCGGUACCAUCUUAUGUGACCUUCCACCGACUACAGACCGUUUCUUUGGACGAGAAACUGAACUUUCGAAGAUGGUCAUAUGUCUUGAGGCUACAACCCAACAAAAAGGCGUCGUUCUUUGCGGAAUAUCUGGGUCUGGCAAGACACAACUAGCUCGCGAGUAUAUUGCACAGCGAAGUGAGAAAUUCUCCGCAAUUUUAUGGAUCGAUGCAUCCUCAGAGGAAAGCAUAGAGGAGUCCUUUUCCACUUGCUCAAGCCGUAUUUACGAACAGGUCCCUGAUUUUCGAGCGGGAAGAGAGAGCACUCCGCCACGUCAGCUUGUUCUAGAAUGGCUUCGGACAACGCCCGAGAAGAAUUGGCUGACUGUGAUCGAUAACGCGAAUGGGCCUAUCCCGAAUAAACGACUGUUGGGACCUUUUCAAGACAUGAAGCAUGGAUCUUUAUGCGUUACUUCGACAAAUCAUGUCACAGCAAGGGCUCUCCGCCUCAAACAAAUCCUUGUUGAGCAUCUUGACCCCCGGGCGUCUCGGUCACUUCUUCUCUGGAGAGCUUACGAGAACGAUACAGAAUAUGACGAAGAUGUCAGCAAUGCAGCUAGACGUGCAGCUAAGCUUCUGGAUGGAUUCCCUCUGGCUCUGGAGCUGGCAGGAGUUCUCCACCAACGCGGGAUUAUACUCCUAGAUGAAUUUGCCGAGACCUUCACCAAGGACUACCCAGAACUUGCUCAGUUUGAGAUUGACUCUGGAAUGUGGAUUUGGACCAGAAACGGAGCAAUCGACUCUCUUUUUAGCAUGCUUGAUUCACUUUAUGAAUCAAUCAUGAUGAAAAGCAAAGAGUCAGCUCUUCUGAUAACCUUCUGUUCAAUAUAUGGGCCUUUCGCGAUUCCCAUCUCACUCAUAUACAACCUGGAGCUAAUCGAUAUGGGAGAUACUGACAGUCAGAGCUCUUGGAAGCAGCUGCAAGCUCUAACCCAGAGCAAGGUCAAACUCAACAGGGCUAUCGACGAGCUAAGCAAAGUCUUCCUGGCCACUAAGAAACAAGCAACCGAUUAUACUCUGUUGUCAUUUUCCGUACAUGCUUCCAUCUGCCAGUGGAGACUUGCCACCAUGGAAGAUCGAGACGUGUGGAUCAUUCAAGCAACUUACAGCCUCUCAAAACACAUUCUAUCACUGCAUGAAAAAAGCCACGUCUUUAAGUUCUUCAAUUUAUUCAAUCGAUGUCUAGAUCUACUCUGGAAACACAUCGACGCAUGCCAUAUCGACAUCUAUGGGAAGUUCGCUGAGGCAUACUUUACGAUAUGUCUAUGUGGUGCGGAUGUUUACCUGUCAAUGGGAAAGUCUGAAAUUGCCAAGACACUCUUUACUUCGGCGAUCGACUAUAUCCGGUCCUCCAGCCCAAGUGACCCAGACGAGAAUAUACUUCUUCGGCUUCUUUGUGGCUUGGCAAGAUCAUGUGAGAAUAUGAGGGAGUUUGAAUUGGCUGAAGAGGCUCUAUCAUCAGCGAUUGCUAUCUCGGAGCGCCUAAACGGACACAUGAAUGACCAGACAGUUAGUCUUAUUUCACGGGUCAAGGCACUGAGAGACCACAUGUUGACCGAGUUGGAAAAUCGCAAACGGGCUUUAGUUGCCAGCACGGGACCGAAACCUGCGCGUACGAUGAAUUCUAGUGAGGAGUCUUUACUCGAAUUCGAGGACGAGGAACUUUAUCGCCAGCUGAGAAAAAGAAUCUUUACCAAAGGUGGUCAUGACUCCCGUACCAGUUCUUCUGACCCCACGACAGUGAUUCCUUUACCGAACCUGGCUUGGGAACUUCGCUUUAGCCACCCUAUUCUCGUCUUUAGCUUGCAAGACGAUGGAAACCACCUAUCAGGUUUAUCGGGCGCAUUUCCGAUGACGAUUCAGGGCAGAGUGGACAUUAUGAUGUACGAAAUAGUUGAUAUCAAGUCCAUACAUAUUGAAAUCAACGUAUCUGGAAUGAGUGCAUGGAAUUUGGAAGACCGCAGAAAAGGAAUGCGACGAAUUGGCGAUGUUUUCUAUUUCAAUUCGUGGAAGCUUAAACUGUAUGAGUCCUGUACCGCUUCUGAUGCAAAAUUUGGAGACAACUGCACCUUUCGACUAGACGACAAGAACUAUCAAGAAAAUACGAGACAGCCUGACAGUAACGGUGUCGCUACAUCAGAUCAUACUCCCUUCCCACCUGGUUCUUACAGCUACUCAUUCGAAACGCCUGUUGAUUGUCUUUUCACCCACGCCGAGAAAUUCAUUCAUGGAGACAUCAAUUGGAUGUUAUUUGCUGUCAUAGAGUUCCCCGAAUCCAACCCUAGGCUUCCACUUUCAUUAAGAAAGGAACUGCCUGUUAUUCAAAUUCCCCAUCAGCUGAGGGCGAGAAGAAUUGCCACCAAUCAAUUCCCUAGACAACAGAACGAUGGAAUUUCUUUUUGUGUCGACUUGCCCUAUGAAAUAUCUCCCAUUGGCGGCAAGCUCCCCAUCACAGUCACUUUCGGCCCUGUCAACAAUGAUUUUCGAGCUGAGUACUUGACUUACUCUAUCGUACAAAGAGGCGAGCGGUGGACAAAAGAUCGAGCAACACGAAAGACAGAUGAGCAAAAGCUUGUGCUUUGGGAAAUAUUCCCACUUGAGAAGUCGAGCCUUGCAGGAGAUGAUAACUCCAGUGAGCAGGAUGGGGAGGAAACAGUCUUCUCCUAUGGAAGUGAUGAGUCCCUCAAGGCGUUGUUCAAGAAACAAUAUCUGCCAGACUUGGAUCCUGAUAAGCCUGUUUCUAUCUAUAACGAUCUCAUGUUGCCAUCCUGUAAGCAGAUGGAAGCUGGAUGGCUGGUAGGUCAGGAACCUCUGGAGCUAACUUGUACGACUCCAUUCAUCGAAGUGAAACACUUCAUCCAAGUCACAGUAGGUGGAUCACGUCCUGAUCCAAAUCAAUCAGAAUUACGGAUUCAAUUGGAGACAAUUGAAGAGAUUCCUAUCACAAUCAUUGAUUGCCGAAUCACUCACAGAAAUGACCUUCUGGUAGACAGCAUGGCUCGUGAGUUGUCACCUACAAAGAACAGGACGACAGUCUGUGGUUGCCCCGACGCAGACAGUUUCGAAGAAUGUUUUUCAUGGGAUAAGAUGGCACCGAGGAAAAGACCCAUCAACGCAACACUUCUUACAGAGACGUCUAUCUAUACCAGGGAGAUCUAUGGUGGAAGUGAAGACGACGUUCGACGAAAGAAUGCGACACUUGACGAAGUAUGGAACCAGCCAACUCAAAGUCCCAGCAAUUCUCAACAUUGGGAAUCUCGCCACGAUAAAUCAAGGAACUCGAGCACACCAAAGAGUCCAUUAGAUGCCCAGAAUUUGGACUUGCGCAUGGCUACAGGCGCCUCACUGAACUCUGGCUUUACGAUCGACACAAGAGACGAACCGCCACCUUACAGUGAUUAGUCAACAUCAAGCGAAGUUUGGUGGAAGCAAGCAAUCCUCGAAAGACCAAGAUUUAGUCACGCACACCAGAAAUUCAAGAUGAAGAUGGAAUAAUGACUUGUUCCUGCAAAACGUUUCCCGUCAAUCGUUCGCAGCGGCGGAAAUUGUCAUCUCAUUGUAUCCUAUCUAAAGUGCACCUUUUCCCUACCAGACCGUCUCGACAGAUUCACCGUAAUAUCCCCAGCCGGCUUCAGAGACGUCAAAGGAAGCUUGGAUCUAUCCAUUGGUGGAACUAUGAAAGACUCUGUCGUGGGACUCAUA